GGUCGCUCCGGUUGGUUUCUUUUCCCUGUUGCCACUCAUCAGAGGACAAGUUUACCAACAGCCAUCAGCCAAGCACAUCCAAAUUGGAUCCAGGCCAAGAGCAGGCAGCACUGUUGAAAUCUGGGCAGCAAGGUGGAAGGGUAGCCGGGGCACCAGCUGGAUGAAAACAUGCGGGGACUGCUGGGCAGCAGCUGGAAGAAGUUUGGACAUGCUGGCCGGGGAACAUACGAGUGGUUAACCAGCGAGCCCAGCCUGCCUCUCCUGGAGACCCAGCUGCAGGGCACGCAGCGGGUGAGCUCCACCCAGGAGGAUGUGGAGCCCUUCCUGUGCAUCCUUCUGCCGGCCACUGUCCUGCUCUUCUUGGCCUUUCUGCUGUUGUUCCUGUACCGCCGCUGCAAGUCCCCGCAACCCCAGGGGCAGGUGUUCAGCGUUGACCUACCAGAGCACCCAGCGGCAGGAGAGGUCACAGACCUGCUGCCUGGCCUGGCCUGGAGCAGUGAGGACUUCCAAUACGCCCCGCUGCCCCCAGAGGCCACCCUCCCCUCCCAGUGCUCACCACCCUCCUACGAAGAGGCCACCAGAAAUCCUCCCGGGGAAGAGGCCCGGGGAUGCAGCCCUUCAGUAUGAAGAGGGCUCACCCGGACUGGAAGUGCGAAAGUACACUGCUCUUGGAGAUCACGUAGCACAUAACUCUCCACCUUUAAUAGAGCGCCCAUGAGAAGAGGAAGAAGGGCCCUAGACCCAAGAAGCUGCCAUUCAUUGGCCAACCUCUGCCAAUGGGGCACUUCAGGCUGGGGGCAAAGCUUGCAAAAUGCCAAUCUAGUUAACCUAUUUUCACAUUCUUUAGGGAAAAGUUCCACAGGUUCUUCUAAAGAUGACCGCACUCUCCUAAAAUGUGUAACCCUCCUGAGAAAAAAAGAAAAAGUUCUAUGUGAAUUGAGAAAAAAAAAAAAAAAAACAAAAAAAACACAAAAAACAACUGAAUUACUAAUGAGCAUAGGAAUGGGUUCUGAAGGGCAUGAAAAAAAAAAUUCCGGACCAGCCAAAGGUAACCACUUUUGCCACCAAAUAGAACUUUCCUCCCCAUUCCAGUUUUUCAGGGUUUCAUGGUUUGUUUCACUUCUGUAUGGAAUGCUCCUAGAUACACAGAGAGUUCUAGAAGGAGUAAAAGACAUCUCUAAAGCUGCAGGGGAUAGUUGUAUGUUUUAAAUAACAGUGAAGUAUAUUACAAUAUUAGCAAUGAAAGUAUAGAGAUUUGCAAACAUUUUAGUUAAAAAAUAAAAAAUAAUAAUAAAGCUGUCCAAA